UUUUCGAUAUUCCUCGGUUUUAUUCAAUUGUUGACGUCACAUUCAUUGCAAGAUGUCUGAAUUUGAUGCUUUCGACAGUGAACCGCCUUCACAAAAUGCCGAAGAGGACCCAGCGGCUGCAUUUUUAGCCCGGGAACAAACAGAAUUAGCUGGAUUAGAAGAUGACAACUUCACUCAAGAUAAUGAAGGAACAGACCAGUAUGAUAUGUUUGAAGGUGGAGAACCACAAGUGAUGAAUGGAGACCCGGGUUUUAUGGGAGAAAAUCAGUAUGAGACAAAUGGACCAUCUGAUGCCUACUCCGCCAUCACCUCGAUGGACAAAGAGAGAAGUGAACCGGAAAAACUGAGGAUAUGGCGAGAGGAACAACAAAUGAGAUUGGAGAAGAAAGAUGCCGAGGAAGCACAAAAGAAGGAGGAGUGGAGAGAGUCAGCCAAGAAAGAACUAGAUGACUGGUACAAGCACCACAAUGAACAGGUGCACAAGACUAAGGAGACUAACAGAACUGCUGAGGAUGCAUUCGUAAAGGACCGAGAUACCACACAACCUGGUGGGGAGUGGGAAAAAAUCUGUAGAUUAUGCGAAUUCAACCCCAAAAAUUCCAAAAACACCAAGGACGUGUCAAGGUUGCGCUCCAUUCUUCUACAACUGAAGCAGACGCCAUUGAUGCGAUGAAAUGAAACUGUGUCAUUCCCAGAGACAGAAGAUGUGUGUUGUGACUGAUUUAUGUGUAGAAUAUGUUCCAUGUCAAUGUGUCACAGUAUGAAUACAGCAAGGAUAUUAAUAUUGCAUUUUGUCAUAUGCCAUUUCCGAGUGUUAACUGUAUAUCUGAAAUUUCAUAAAUUGAUUUUGUUCCAGUGUAAUUUAAAGAGGUACUGGAAUUGAAUUGAAAAUUAUUGAAAUUAUGGAAAACCCUUCUUCAUUUUCCUUAUAUUUUUUUUCUUCAUUUUUAAUUUGUGUACACUAACUGGUUUGAAGCAAAAAGGAGAGCAUGUAUGUCAACUGUGAAAAGUAAAAUGGAUGUCAUUGGCAAGAUAUAUUUAUAGUUGUUUGUGACUUUUAGAUAAAUAUUAUCAAGGUAUUUUCACAAUGGCCGACUUUUGAACUCUCAACUUAAAAUAACUUAUAUUUUGGACCAAUUUAUUAAUCCAUUUCAUGCAAUGAAUAAUAAAUAGUAUGGAAACAGUU